AUGGGGAGAAAAGGGAAGAGGAUGACAAAGAUGGAGAAGUGUCUGGGGAUGAGUUGGGACACGCAGCUCCCCACCAUGCUGUGCCUCACCGUCACCUCCUCACGGCAGUUCGAGGCCCUGUACCCGGAGGGGAUGUGUCCCGGCUGGAGCAUCGUGGUCAAAGGCGAAACCAGCUCCAGCACAAGCAUGUUUGAAAUUAAUUUCCUCAGCCAUCCCGGAGACCAAAUCGCCUUCCACUUUAACCCCCGCUUUGCCAGCUCCAGAAUUGUCUGCAACUCCUUCCUGGCCAACCACUGGGGGAGGGAAGAGGUUAACAGCACCUUCCCCUUCGAAGCAAAGGAGCCCUUCCAGGUGGAAAUCUACUCUGACCACGACUACUUCCACAUUUUCAUUGACGAACACAAAAUCCUGCAGUACAAGCAUCGGCAGAAACAGCUCUCAUCCAUCACCAAACUGCAGAUUCUCAAUGAUAUCACCAUUUCUUCGGUGGAAAUCACCAAACGAGGCCUCUACUAGAAGAAGGAGGUGGGACAGGCCCACAGCCCACUCCACCUGAAGCUCCUGAUCCAGCCAGGGACCACCUUCUCCCUUUCCCCACUCACCCCAUGCUACCACCAGCCAGCCAGAUAGCUGCAGCACCUCCUUGUAGAGGAAAUGACAGCCACUCCCAUUACAUGCAGCAGCCAGGCACCUUGCCAUCUGUAACCCAGAUCAUCAAAGAUCUUCCCCUAGGGGGCACGAUGGGUUUUGUAGGUCUUAUCUUUGCUGUUAGACAGUUAGACAGCCUGACAGAUCACUACUGCACGUAGAAAUCUUCCUUGAGUAGUCUGGACAUCUUAAUGCUACCCUAGAAAUUGUGUUUGCUCAAGGGUAGGGUGAGAAUUAACACUAGUCCUCAGCUGGCCACCUGGCGACGGUCACAAUGUGUAUGGAUGUUACUGACAGAAAGGGGCAGUUCUCUGCAAGAGCCGGGUAAAAAUGUAGUAUUUGCUAAUAAAAUCAAA